CGUCCCCCGCGCUGACUUCUCUCUGGCCAGUCGCGCGUGGGCUGAGGCCCUGGGCGGGCGUUGCGAAGGCUUGUUUGAUCUAGCCCAGUUCCUGCGGCGGUGCGGAGUUCCCUUUCUCGGGGGUGGGAGUGGGGGGUGCAGACCCCGUACCUAGAAUAAAUGGGCUGUCACGUGUGCUGCUAAGGGUAAGCUGGGGAGACGGGGGCCGGGGCCGCGGCCAUGAACUCACCCGUGGACCCCGGCGCUAGGCAAGCGUUAAAGAAGAAGCCGCCGGAGCGGACUCCCGAGGACUUAAAUACUAUUUAUUCUUAUCUUCAUGGAAUGGAAAUACUAUCAAACCUCAGGGAACAUCAGCUUAGAUUAAUGUCUGCAAGAGCACGCUAUGAGAGAUACAGUGGCAAUCAAAUUCUUUUUUGCUCAGAAACUAUUGCCAGAUGCUGGUAUAUCCUGCUUUCUGGAUCUGUGCUUAUGAAAGACUCCAUGGUCUUGCCUCCUUGCAGUUUUGGUAAGCAGUUUGGAGGAAAAAGAGGAUGUGAUUGUCUUGUAUUAGAGCCUUCAGAAAUGAUUGUGGUAGAGAAUUCCAAAGAUAAUGAAGAUAGUAUUCUACAAAGAGAAAUUCCUGCCAGACAGUCUCGACGGAGGUUUCGGAAAAUUAACUAUAAAGGAGAGCGCCAAACCAUUACUGAUGAUGUGGACGUUAACAGCUAUCUUUCUCUUCCAGCGGAUCUUACAAAGAUGCACAUCACAGACAGCCCUCAUCCACAGGUGCCUCAUGUGUCUUCUAGUCAGUCUGGUUGUAGCAUCGCUAGUGACUCUGGGAGCAGCAGUUUAUCUGAUAUCUAUCAGGCUACGGAAAGUGAGGUAGGAGAUGUAGAUUUAACACGUCUUCCAGAAGGACCUGUUGAUUCUGAAGAUGAAGAAGAGGAAGAUGAAGAGAUUGAUCGGACAGAUCCACUGCAGGGGCGGGAUCUUGUUCGAGAAUGUCUUGAAAAGGAACCUGCAGACAAAACUGAUGAUGACAUUGAACAAUUGCUGGAGUUUAUGCACCAGCUCCCUGCAUUUGCAAACAUGACCAUGUCUGUAAGGAGAGAACUCUGUUCAGUGAUGGUUUUUGAAGUGGUGGAGCAGGCUGGAGCUACUAUUCUUGAAGAUGGACAAGAGCUUGACUCAUGGUAUGUUAUUUUAAACGGCACUGUAGAAAUCAGUCAUGCAGAUGGAAAAGUUGAAAAUCUCUUUAUGGGAAAUAGUUUUGGAAUUACUCCCACUCUGGAUAAGCAGUACAUGCAUGGUGUUGUUAGAACUAAAGUAGAUGAUUGUCAGUUUGUCUGCAUAGCCCAGCAGGAUUAUUGGAGAAUUUUAAAUCAUGUGGAAAAAAAUACCCACAAAGUUGAGGAAGAGGGAGAAAUUGUUAUGGUGCAUGAGCACCGGGAGCUGGAUCGCAGUGGAACCAGGAAAGGACACAUUGUUAUCAAGGCAACACCUGAGCGUCUCAUCAUGCAUUUAAUAGAAGAGCAUUCCAUUGUGGACCCAACUUAUAUAGAAGAUUUUCUAUUAACUUACAGGACAUUUCUUGAAAGCCCUUUGGAUGUUGGCAUCAAACUAUUAGAAUGGUUUAAAAUUGACAGCUUAAGGGAUAAGGUAACACGGAUUGUAUUAUUAUGGGUAAACAAUCAUUUUAAUGAUUUCGAAGGUGAUCCUGCUAUGACUCGAUUUCUCGAGGAAUUUGAAAAAAACCUGGAAGAUACAAAAAUGAAUGGUCAUCUCCGGUUACUGAAUAUUGCAUGUGCUGCAAAGGCUAAAUGGAGACAGAUUGUACUGCAGAAGGCCUCCCGGGAGUCCCCUCUGCAUUUCAGCCUUAAUGGAGGGACCGAGAAGGGAUUUGGUAUUUUUGUCGAAGGAGUAGAGCCUGGUAGCAAAGCUGCCGAUGCAGGACUGAAACGUGGUGAUCAGAUAAUGGAAGUAAAUGGACAAAACUUUGAGAAUAUAACAUUUGUGAAGGCCCUUGAAAUUCUGAGGAAUAAUACUCAUCUUGCAUUUACUGUAAAGACCAACAUUUUUGUGUUCAAAGAGUUACUUAGUAGGACCGAACAAGAGAAAUCUGGUGUUCCUCAUAUUCCCAAAAUUGCUGAAAAAAAAAGUAAUCGCCAUUCAAUCCAGGAUGUACCAGGAGAUAUUGAACAGACGUCACAGGAGAAAGGAAAUAAGAAAGUAAAAGCAAAUACUGUUUCAGGUGGAAGAAACAAAAUCAGGAAAAUUCUGGAUAAAACACGAUUUAGUAUUUUGCCUCCCAAACUAUUUAGUGAUGGAGGCCUGAGCCAAUCACAAGACGACAGCAUUGUGGGAACAAGACACUGUAGACAUAGUUUGGCUAUAAUGCCUAUUCCUGGAACACUGUCAUCCAGCAGCCCGGAUCUCCUUCAGCCUACCACCAGCAUGUUGGAUUUUUCUAAUCCUUCAGAUAUUCCUGAUCAAGUUAUAAGAGUUUUCAAAGCUGAUCAGCAAAGUUGCUACAUUAUCAUCAGUAAAGACACGACAGCUAAAGAAGUUGUUUGUCAUGCUGUUCAUGAGUUUGGUUUGACUGGUCCAUCCGACACGUAUUCUCUCUGUGAAGUUUCUGUCACUCCCGAGGGCGUCAUAAAACAGAGACGACUUCCAGACCAGUUCUCCAAGUUAGCUGAUAGGAUUCAGCUCAACGGAAGGUAUUAUUUAAAAAAUAACAUGGAAACAGAAACCUUAUGUUCAGAUGAAGAUGCUCAAGAACUGGUUAAGGAAAGCCAGCUCUCCAUGCUGCAGCUCAGCACCAUUGAGCUGGCCACGCAGCUGUCCAUGAGGGACUUUGAUCUAUUUCGGAAUAUUGAGCCCACUGAAUACAUUGAUGACCUUUUUAAGUUAGAGUCCAAAACAGGAAAUACUCACUUGAAAGACUUUGAGGACAUUGUAAACCAAGAGACAUUCUGGGUUGCCUCAGAGAUUUUAACUGAAUCAAAUCAGCUUAAACGAAUGAAGAUUAUUAAGCAUUUUAUUAAAAUUGCACUUCAUUGUCGAGAGUGUAAGAACUUCAAUUCCAUGUUUGCAAUAAUCAGGCGCCGUAUCACUGGGUGUGCUGCCACUCAAGGAGGAAAUGACUCCAAAGUAGAUGGUUUAGUAAAUUUUGAGAAGCUAAGAAUGAUUGCCAAGGAAAUCCGUCAAGUUAUUCGAAUGACUUCUGCUAACAUGGACCCAGCUAUGAUGUUCCGACAGAGGAAGAAGAGGUGGCGGAGUCUGGGGUCACUGAGUCAAGGCAGUACCAACUCAAACAUGCUGGAUGUUCAGGGAGGUGCUCACAAAAAAAGGGCACGGCGCAGCUCCCUGCUGAACGCCAAGAAGCUGUAUGAGGAUGCCCAGAUGGCGAGGAAGGUGAAGCAGUACUUGUCCAGCCUGGACGUGGAGACCGAUGAGGAGAAGUUCCAGAUGAUGUCACUGCAGCUGGAGCCUGCGUAUGGGACCUUGACCAAGAAUUUAACGGAGAAAAGAUCAGCCAAAUUAUCAGAAAUGUCUCCAGUGCCUAUGAGAUCUGGCCAAACAGCUAAAGCCCAUUUGCAUCAGCCUCACAGAGUAAGCCAGGUGCUUCAAGUGCCAGCUGUUAAUUUGCAUCCCAUCAGGAAGAAGGGACAAGCAAAAGACCCUGCCACACUGAGUACAAGUUUACCUCAGAAAGUUUUAGGAACAGGUGAAGAAAUAAGUGGUAAGAAACAUGCAGAAGACACUAUUUCUGUGGCAUCGUCCUUACAUUCUAGUCCUCCUGCAUCUCCUCAAGGUUCCCCUCGCAAAGGUUAUACACAUAUACCAUCAGCUAAAUCUGACAACUUAUCCGACUCCAGCCACAGUGAGAUUUCUUCACGGUCCAGCAUUGUGAGCAAUUGUUCUGUUGACUCCAUGUCUGCAGCUCUGCAGGACGACCGGUGUUCCUCCCAGGCUGUUGCGGUCCCUGAACCCGCUGGGGUACUGGAAAAGACAGAGCACUCAGGCUCAGGAGACCACAGUCAGCCUGGCCCGGGGUGGACACACUCAAAGCCAUCUCUAAUCAAGAGUUUAGCUGUCUCAUCUUCUGUGAGCAAUGAAGAGAUUUCUCAUGAGCAUGUCAUUAUAGACGCAGGUGAUAGUGGUCGUGGAAGUUGGACUUCCUGUUCAAGCAGCUCCCAUGACAACUUCCAAAGCCUUCCAAACCCAAAAGGCUGGGACUUUUUGAACUCAUACCGACACACCCAUUUGGAAGGCCCCAUUGCUGAAGUCGAGCCCCCUGACUGUGAGCCCUACCACUGCCCUAAAGGCUGCUCUAGAACUUGUGGUCCAUGUAAAGGCAGCCUGGAGACUAAUCAGAUGAGACAGAGUUGGGCCUCCUCCAGCUCUCUGUCUGACUCGUACGAACCAAACUACGGGACAGUUAAGCGGAGAGUGUUGGAGAGCGCCCCAGCUGAGUCGUGUGAAGGCUCAGAUGCCAAGGAUGGGACUGACCCAGUUUACAAAACUGUUACUUCAAGUACAGAAAAGGGCUUGAUUGUGUACUGUGUCACCUCACCCAAGAAGGAGGAUAGGUAUAGGGAGCCACCGCCCACUCCUCCAGGAUACAUGGGGAUUUCUUUAGCAGACGUAAAGGAAGGACCCCACCUCCACCUAAAACCUCCAGAUUAUAGUGUGGCGGUGCAGAGGUCAAAGCUGAUGCCUCACGGCCUCGCUAGACCGCCACCAGCUUCUCUCAGUAGCAGCCCCAUGGCCUGUGUUCCAUCGAAGACGGUAACUCAGCCUCAGAGGCAUCAUUUGCAGCCGUCCCAUCCCAAAGUAGCAGACCUGACUGACGCAGAUAGCGAAGCAGAUGAAAAUGAGCAGGUUUCAGCAGUCUAGCCUGUAUAGGACCAUCUGACGUCACGGAGGACGGAGUGGGCAGGACCACAUCGUGAUUGUGCCGGCCGUCGCCAGCACCCAGCCCGCUGCUGCUGCGGUUGCUGCCCCGCGGCCGCAGGCCCGGUACUCAGCGCCGCGACAGCGCUGCCUGUGCUUCGUCUCGCUGAUCCCUGCAGAGGCCUGGCCUCCUCCGCGCUGGACGUUGUGCCUGGAUACCAGUCUUCACUUUGCACACCACACCUGCCUUGGGACCACAGUUACUAGGACAAACCCAGACUCAGAGUCUUCCCCAUGUAUAUCGCUAUAGAUUUUCCUUUAACAAGUUAUUUUUAAGAUGGUAGUAGUAGUGUUUCCAAGCCAUAGCUUGGGCUAACAGACAAAUUCAAAAUGCCUGUCAGUACCAAGGAUAUCCUUGUGUACUUGAGAAGUAACUUAUUGGAAGUUGUGUGGUUUUGUUUGAAUUUGGGAGCUCUUCUUUAGCCGGUGGUUAUGUUCGAGGCCGUAAAACUGUCUCUGGUCAGACCAAACAGAAGUUGUCUCUGCAGGAUGACACGCUUCGUCUCUACAGAAGCGUAACCAUCUGUGGCGCCAGGGUCGCGCAGGCCUUGGCUGCAGUGGAUCGGAAGCCUUUUGCGGUUGAGGUAUCGGGAGGGAAAAUGCUUCCAUCUGCUGGUCCCUACUUGGAAAGCCAGUGAAGCUGCCACAGGGUUUCUCAGUCCUUUGGGAAAGGGAGGGGGCUGUGCCGGGCUGGGUAGCAACCCUAAUUUCCAAAGAAUGAAAUUUUUAUGUUAAAUAACAUGUACACCAAUCCUUUCUGAAGUGAAGAUUGUGCUACAUCUAACUGUAACUAAAAGUAUAAAUCUAGUAAAUAGAGAAUGGGUUCUAGAGAGUACAAACCCAAAACGAAGAUUUUUCUCAACUCAAAUAACGAGUUCUUUUUAUAAAGGAGGUGUAAUUUUUGGUGGUGUAAUCAUGGAGAUGAAUUUAGCUUUACGCAGUUUCUGCUACAUCCCCUCCCCCAUCUCAUGGCAUGAAACAGAUCUCAAUAAACCCUGCAGCUCCCAGCUGCCUACAGUAAAGCUCAUGAGCUCACCAAGGUGUAUAUUGGUCAAAACUUUUGUGAGGCAAAGAGGAGCUGGAAUUAUGGAAAUGAUUAUCUCUUGGUUCUCAGUUUAGCCCUUGAGAGGAAGGAGAUGUAUUUUGUAACAGCCUGUUGGGCAUGGCACUCUUAGGUAUUUAAUUAAAGUUUCAGUGACUGUUGAGUGGACAAGCUAGACUUUCCACAUUUUUACAAAUUAUAUAUAAUGUUUUCUAUAUCUUAAGUUUCAAUUUUUAAAUUUGUUUUUAGUGUAAAGGCAAGUGAGAGCUUAAUAUACUUUUGUGACUACCAAAAAAAAAAAAAAAAAGCCAAAGCCAUUAAUAUGCACUGCCCAGACUGGCGUGGAGCCCGGAUGGGUUUGCGUCUGAGUCAUUGGCCAUAGGUAAAUGUAUAGAGUUUAGUUGGUUCAUGACGUCCUUUUCAAGAGUUUGUUCUCAUUUUUCCCCAGCUGUGUCGUCCCUCUCUGUCUUCCUGCCUGUCCCCUCACUUUAAGAUCAUAAAUGAGUUCCAAGAGGUAAAUGGCAGUAGUCCCAUCUUUUCCAUCAAAGUGAUUGUCUCUUCGUUUUAGGAAAAAGAGCAUGUCUGAAAAAUUCCCCUGGACAAAAAAAAUGUUAAUCUGGAACUUAAGUCUUAGAAAUGAACCACCACCACCACCACCACCCCAUAUUAGAAUGAGACUAAUUGGCUCCAUAGCUUUCUUGGUCCAUUGAAAUGGAAAGUAGCCCAGAUCAAAAAUCCUGGUUUGAAAGUCACACUGUAGUGAUUUGACCUAUAAACAAGGGUCCUCUGAUCAGAAAUUUUUCCUUCACUGACUUACACAAUAUCAUUUUCAUGUCUAAAGCAAAACAAAGUGAAAGAUAUUUUUGCUAUAACCAUCUAUUUAUCAAGUUUAGGUAUUUAUCUUACCAUUUUACAUCCAUUACCCCAGAAAAAUGUGCUGUUUGCACAGUGUCUUUAUUUGGCAGGUCUUUCAAACCAGAUGGGAGCCUUCACCACCUUGGUCCUUAAUGGUGUCAGGAGUAUCUUGCACAGAGAGUUGGAGGCUUGUGGUUUGAACUUGCCCCCUUGUGCUGCCUUUGUUUCAUCCAGCUUGGACUGUGAGUAUUUGGAUCAGCUGAUCACAUUGAUCAGGAGCUAAAGCCAAGUGCUUUGUAGUUUGAUAUGUAUGUAUCCCUUAAAAAAUCAUGGAGGUUUCAUUUUUAUAUUUUCAUUUAGGGUACAUUCCUGCCUUCUUGCCACAUGACUGGAAUAAGAGAAGCCUUAACUUUGAUGCUAUUCUAAGUCCCCAUUUGCUUUUGUUUUUAUUUUAUAAACAUAUAACUUUAAUGAAGAGACUAGUGCCCUCAUACCUCCACAGCUCUCAAUCUGCAGGACUAUUGAAACAGUAAAUGCUCGGUGCAAACUUUUGCCAAAUAAGUUGCAACAAAACUUUACAUAAUGAAAGAUUUGCAGAAACAGUAAUAUAUAUAUAUAUAUAUGUAUAUGUAUAUGUAUAUAUAAUAUAUAUAUAUUACAUCUGAUAUAUACAUCCAUAAAAGUUUGUUGUAAUUAAUUGAUCCUUACUUCCUACAAAUGAUUACUCUCGAUAUGAUCUUUGGGGAGAAAAAGCCUUAUAAUGGUUUUUCAUGAGGGUGAUAAGUCACAUUAUGUGUCAUCAUCUAUAUAACCUCCUCGAGAAUCUCCAGGCUGGAAACGGGCAGUAAUCAUGGAGAUUUCCAAAAUUUAAUUUCUAUAAAGUGUUCUCUCCCUUAUAAAAAUAAAGGGAGAAAGAGUUUCUUUGUAUAUUUAAAACAAUGAUUGAUAUUCUGAUAUAUUUCUUAAAAAUGUGAUACUAAAGUAGAUAUAACCCUUUAGAAUUACCUUACAGACUCGAACAAAGGGUGAAGUCUUCAGAAAGUGUCACAGGACGGUUUCAAAUUUAAACUUGAAUCCCAGUUCAUCUUUAGCUUUCGUUGUGCUUUUUUAAGGCUUUUUUAUUUUUGAUACACAAGAUGCAGCUGUACUUGAUCUUUUAAAAUGGAAACAUGAGCUUAUCAUCAAAAGACAGAAACAAAACUGCACAGUCGUAAUAGCAAUUAUACUGCACAAUUCAGCGAUUGUAAAGUCUCCUGUAACAAGCAGUGUUUGUCUCCUAUUUUUUGAUACCUCUAAAACUUAUGUCUUUUAGAAAGACAGUGCCUCUGUAUGCUUUUUGUAUUUUUACUGAGUGUAAAUAUUUGUUAUAUUUUUGGUUAAGAGAAUGUAAAAGUACCAUUUAUUGUUAUCAUAUCUACUAAUACAUUGGUGAAAUCAAUAAAGAAUCUACAUUAA